AGACAGGCAACGCCAUCCAUCCUUCGAUUAUCUAUUGUUGCUGAUUAUAAAUUUUUCUCCUCUUGAUCUCUUGUUUAGGUGUUUCCCGGAGAAGGGACGCCUUCUGUUAUAAUUUUAUUGAAUCUGUCGUAAGGGCUAUGGUACCGCUGAAUACGUAUGGUAAAAAACUUGGGGAUUUUGCGAGGUUAAAUACAUUACCACAAAAGAAAGAGGAUCAAAUUGGGCAAACCUUUGCUGGGCCAAUGUAUUGAAGGCCUGUCCUUACACAGAGCCAUACCAUCACACCUUGAAUCUCCUGAAAUCAAGCAUUGUACGUUUCUAUAUCUGUCUUUAAGAUACAAUUUAGAAGUGCCUGUUGUGUGCAGUUCAUGCCCUUGAACAGUGUCGAGCAUAGCACAACCCAGUCUUUGAAGAGUUGCUGCGGCUACACGAAAAUGACAGUGAUAUAAUCUAGUGUGCGUCUCCAUGAGGCAUUUAUUCAUGAUCAUCAGGGGAAGAACAACAUCGCUUUCAGGAUACUCAUAGGCGCUUUAGCCACAUGCGCAUCGCUCUUCUUUUUUUCGCGUGGGGUGCUCCGCCCAUAUCUGACGGUGAGAAGAAAAAAGAAAGCGUGCAGAAAUCGUAAGCUGAGUAGAUCAAUGCCAUUUUUUUUAAAAAAAAUGCCACGCUUAUUUCAAGUUUUGAGAAGUUUAUUGAUCAUUGUGGUCGUGCUAGACCCAAAAACCGUUGUCCAUUAAAGGUGUAUGGUCGCUAUGGAAAGAGCCACACUUGAUGCUGUUCAUACAUUUCAAAAUGGAUUCUUUUUAAAAACAGCAAUAUUCAGUGAAUCUACGACGCAACAUAACAUGGACUCCUAUGCUAGCAUUGAGCGGUAUGAACGGGGGAUGUUGAUUGUAAGGAGUAUUACAUUGGAUACUGAUGACGGCGUCCAAGAGGAGAGUGGGGCAGCACAUUUGCAUAAAAUCUUUCUAGGAUCUUUCUCGCUUUUUCAUCGGACUCGAACGACGAGGGGUUCAUCAAAACUCUUCGCGGUUUGAUAACGAUCAUCACAGCAGACGCUUCUGUGUGCGAUAGUCAUCGGUUUGCACGACAAACUUAUUUAUUUUCUAAAGUGGGCAUAAAACAGAUGGAAUGAUGUUAUUUUCACAUCGAUAGCUGGUUCGGCUGAGGGGAGGUCUCGAAGGCUGUGUGCUUUGCAGGGUAUGGUAGUACGCCCUCACCAUCGCUUGCAGGUUGCUCUGUAAAAAUCUGUGGGAAUUUAUUUAUUAUCCUCAGCGUUAAUCAAAAGCAUUGAAUUGCUGUACGCUAGCGUGUUUAGCCUUACGCAAGAACGCUGCCACUGAUGGGAAUAGGGUCGGCCAGUCCUAUGCUUAUCCACUCCGACGAGAACUCGCAGGUAGUCUUCCUUUAUUGUUUUUCAUGAGGGGAACUACUUGCCCUUUCAAGCAAAAUUUAUUUUUCUCAUUCCGUAUUUGAGCAACAAA